UCUCCUCAAAUUCUGCAUCUGAGUGUAGGAGAGCGAGAGGCUUGAACUUCCUGUGCAAUCUCAGUUCACCCGUUUUACAUAUACAGGAAGAUUUUCGGAGCUGCAAAGUGAGAGGGGAGUGUUUGGUAAUUUAAAGAGAAAUUCCCCCGUGCAUAAACUGUAAAUGCGGAUUGUUUACAUCAGUCGGUCGAGUCGGAGAAGCCAUUCCUUCUUUCCCUCCUCCCUUCGCACACUGUGGCGGUGGCGCGACUCCCCCUCACCGCAGAUAGUGUCAGUGGAGCUGGCCAUGGGGCCCUGAUACAGCCCGGGCCCUGACUGAGGUUCUGCGUUGCAUCAGAAAAGGAACAAUUAUUGAUGCACGAUUCACUUCCCUGACUACUGCAUCAACCAAGAGUGACUACAAGAGGAAAGAUAGAAGAUUUUGAACUGCAAUAUUAUUUCAAGAUAAUUGCCUGAUCUGAUAUUCAAGGGAGUGUGUUGAUGUGCUGACCAAAUUGAUCGAGACUAUUAUGGCUGUUCUAAAACUCGUCGAACAGCCUCCUCUGGUCCAGGCCGUCUUCAAUGGAGACCCUGAGGAGAUACGCAUGCUCAUCUACAAAUCGGAAGACAUCAACGCUCUGGAUGCAGAGAAGCGCACCCCGCUCCAUGCUGCAGCCUUCCUGGGUGAUGCUGAGAUCACUGAGCUUCUUAUCCUCUCCGGGGCGCGGGUCAACGCCAAAGACAGUAUGUGGCUCACCCCUCUCCACCGUGCGGUGGCAUCCUGUAGUGAGGAGGCGGUUCGUGUGCUGAUCCGUCACUCUGCUGAUGUGAACGCGCGGGAUAAGAACUGGCAGACGCCGCUUCACGUUGCCGCUGCCAACAAGGCCCUGCGCUGCGCUGAGGUCAUCAUCCCGCUGCUGAGCAGCGUCAACGUGUCGGACCGCGGGGGGCGCACCGCCCUGCAUCACGCCGCCCUCAACGGGUACACCGAGAUGGUUAACCUGCUGCUGGCUAAGGGAGCCAACAUCAAUGCCUUCGAUAAGAAAGAUGGCCGCGCCUUGCACUGGGCGGCUUAUAUGGGACAUCUGGAUGUAGUGUGUCUGCUUGUCAGCCAGGGGGCAGAGGUCAGCUGUAAGGACAAGCGGGGUUACACCCCCCUACACACGGCCGCUUCUAAUGGUCAGAUCGCUGUGGUCAAACACCUGCUCAACCUGGCUGUGGAGAUAGAUGAGACCAAUGUGUUUGGUAACACGGCUCUGCACUUGGCCUGUUUCAACGGUCAGGAUGCUGUGGUCAGUGAGCUGAUAGACUACGGAGCUAACGUCAGCCAGCCCAACAACAAGGGUUUCACCCCCCUGCACUUCGCUGCAGCCUCCACCCACGGAGCCCUCUGUCUGGAGUUCCUGGUCAACAAUGGGGCUGACGUCAACGUCCAGAGUCGGGAUGGGAAGAGCCCCCUCCACAUGACAGCGGUCCACGGCCGCUUCACUCGCUCUCAGACACUCAUCCAGAAUGGUGGGGAGAUUGACAGUGUGGACAAGGAAGGGAACACUCCUCUUCACAUUGCUGCUCGCUAUGGUCACGAGCUCCUCAUUAACACACUCAUCACCAGCGGAGCUGACUGCACAAGACGAGGGGUCCAUGGUAUGUUUCCUCUGCACCUGGCUGCUAUGAAUGCCCACUCAGACUGCUGCCAGAAGCUGCUCUCCUCAGGAAGGAUGUACAGCGUAAUGUGUUCCCUCAGUAACGUCCCCUCGUCCUCGGCCCUGUCUGCAGGCUUCCAGAUCGACACCCCUGAUGCACUGGGGAGGACCUGUCUACACGCUGCCGCCGCCGGGGGUAAUGUGGAGUGUGUGAAGUUGCUUCUGAGCAGCGGUGGGGACCACAACCGGAGGGACAAGUGUGGCAGGACCUCUCUCCACUAUGCGGCAGCCAGUCGUCACUACCAGUGCCUGGAGACCCUUGUGUCGUGUGGGACCUGCAUUAAUGCCACUGACCAGUGGGGGCGCUCUGCUCUGCACUACGCUGCUGCCUCCGACCUGGACAGAAGGCGACGUCAGGCUCUGGAGCCAGAGAGUGAAGGGGUGCAGGCAGAGAAGGAGAAAGAGGCUGCACUAUGUCUAGAAUUCCUUUUGCAAAGUGGUGCUACUGCCUCUCUGAAGGAUAAGCAGGGCUACAGUCCUGUCCACUAUGCUGCAGCCUAUGGCCACAGACACUGCCUGGAGCUGCUGUUGGACAGAGACGAGAGUCACCAGGAGCCCCCAGACUUUCUGGGUGCCAGGAGCCCCCUGCACCUCGCUGCAUACCACGGCCAUGCACAGGCUCUGGAGGUGUUGCUGCAAGGGGAGAGGGAGGUAGACCAGGGGGACGAGGAAGGUCGUACUCCCCUGGCCCUAGCGGCCCUCAGGGGCCACACUGAUUGCGUCCACACCCUUCUCAGGCAGGGGGCCUCGCCACGCACCACGGACACCAACAGGGGACGCACCCCGGUACACCUAGCAGUGAUGAAUGGUCAUACGUCGUGUGUACGCCUCCUUCUGGACGACCAGGAUAGUGCAGACCUGGUGGACACUACAGACUCUCAGGGACAGACUCCUCUGAUGCUUGCAGUGGCAGGGGGACAUGUGGAUGCUGUGUCUCUGCUGCUGGAGAGAGAGGCUGCUGUAGAUACAGCAGACAACCAUGGCCUGACUGCCCUGCACCUCGGGUUGCUGUGUGGUCAGGAGGAGUGUGUUCAGUGUCUGUUGGAGCAGGAGGCCUCUGUGUUGCUGGGGGACUCCAGGGGCCGAACAGCCCUCCAUCUGGCUGCAGCGAAGGGCCACGCAUCCUGGCUCGCUGAGCUGCUGAGUAUGGCCUGUUCUGAACUGCCCAUGCCCCCCCUCCGAGACCACCAGGGGUACACCCCCCUGCACUGGGCCUGCUACUAUGGUCACGAGGGCUGUGUGGAGGUACUGCUGGAGCAGAAAGGUUGUCCCUGUAUCGAUGGGAACCCCUUCACUCCUCUGCACUGUGCUGUGGUGAAUGAUCAUGAACCCUGUGCCUCACUACUGCUGGAAGCCAUUGGAUCAGACAUGGCCAGCUGUAAGGACGCUAAGGAUCGGACUCCACUCCAUGCUGCAGCGUUCUCUGGUCAUGUGGACUGUGUUCAGCUGCUUCUGGCCCAUGAUGCACCUGUGGAUGCUGUGGACCAAUCAGGGCGCAGUGCGCUGAUGAUGGCUGCAGAGAAGGGAAGAGUCGGGACUGUAGAGGUGCUGCUGACCAGUGCCAACGCCAGCCUGAGGUUGGUGGACCAGAAUGGUAACACCGCGCUCCACCUGGCUUGCAGUAACGGAAAGGAGGACUGUGUACUAUUCAUCCUGGAGAGGCUGAAGGACACUGUUCUCAUAGGUUCCACCAACGCAGCACUGCAGACGCCCCUCCACCUAGCGGCCCAUAGCGGUCUGAAGCAGGCUGUCCAGGAGCUGCUGUCCAGGGGGGCCAGUGUUCAGACGUUGGAUGAGAACGGUUUGACCCCUGCUCUGGCUUGCGCUCCUAGCAGGGAGGUGGCUGACUGUCUGGCUCUCAUUCUGGCUACCAUGAUACCUUUCUGCUCCCCUUGCAGCUCCGGUGCGCCCUCCACAGGUUUCCUCCUGAGAGCCCUACCCAGGGAGGGGAAAAGCUCCCACGGCCCUCGCAGCCCCAAGGCCCCCUCGGACCCCUCUAGCGAGGGCAGUGCCAGUCAGGGCGCCACUGAAAACGACUCGGACUCAGAAACCUUUUGACCCCUAUGAUCUAUGACCCUGACUCUUAUCAGACUACCUGGAUGCCUGAAGAUCAGCACUCUCCCACCACCCGACCUCCCCUGAUUCCUUGCUCGUGUCCCAGAGCAGAACCUCUCCGUGGGGCUUGUACAGGACUUUGUUCCCCCUAAAGGCUGGAGGGAUGGAGCUUGACCCUUAACCUAACUGUGAUUCUGUCUGCUGGUGCUUCUUUUCCAGAUCACUCUUGGUACUGCGUCUCAGCUUGGCGAUCAAUGACAGGCUGAUACCUUUUUUUUCUUCUUAUGAAAAGAGACCCAAGGAUGAAGAAAAGUAGAAUUGUAACCUUUUCUCUUUUGGUUGGUUGAUGUACCAAAUAUUGACUUAACAUAAGUAUUUAUGUUGAUGUUUGUGUCUGGGUAGCCUAGGUAUGCAUUGAAAGGUACGCCCUGCUCUGUCUAUCUGCCCAGUGAUGUGAGUAUAGCACAAACCAACUGGAGCACAAUUCCAGAAUUCACUUAUAAGCUUAUUAUAGAGAAACAGGGUAGAAUGCUUUCCUCUAGUUACAGUGUAUGUAUAGUCAGAGUAUCGCCUUUAUGCAAAGAAGUGGCAUCAUUUUCAACCUCUUGUGUUCCCACACCAAUAGAAAUAUGACAUUGGGCACUGAGUUGUUCCUGAUCCUGUCACGUGGUCAGUUAGGAAACUUCUGUCCCUCGUGUUACAGGUCCAUAGCGUUUCAGUAAAUGACAUGCCCAGAUACAGUAUGUCAGAUCAGGUCUCCAGUGAAAAGGUUGACACCUGUACGGUAUUUAUUCACAUUUAUAUUAUGGUACAAAGGACAGCAGGACCUUGAUCACUCUUCAUUUCCUAUAACCCUCCCUCCAUCCUCGUUUACCGUCUGUUGGCGACCUACCUGCAAUGUGUCUCUUAAACGUGUCCAGUGCCUUGUUACACCUUUUAAAAUUUCUAUUCUCCCAAAAAAGUGUAUCCCCUAAACGCAGGGUUCUCCAACCCUGUUCCUGGAGAGCCACUGUCCUGUAGGUUUUUCACUCCAACCCUGUUCCUGGAGAGCCACUGUCCUGUAGGUUUUUCACUCCAACCCUGUUCCUGGAGAGCCACUGUCCUGUAGGUUUUUCACUCCAAGCCUAAUCAAGCACACCUUAUUCUAAUAAUUAGCUGGUUGAUAAACUGAAUCAGGUUAGUUUCAAUUGGGGUUAGAGUGAAAACCUACAGGAGGGUAGCUCUCCAGGAACAGGGUUGGAGUGAAAACCUACAGGAGGGUAGCGCUCCAGGAACAGGUUUGGAGUGAACCUACAGGAGGGAAGCUCUCCAGGAACAGGCUUGGACAGCCCUGCUCUAAUGAGUAUCCUGUCACUUCUAACCCUGAAAAAGAAACUCAGUUAUGGUCAGGCAUGCCUGUGUGUGUGUAUAUAUAUAUAUAUAUAUAUAUAUGCCUGCUACAAGAUGUCUGACGAAAGGAAAUUGGUUUCUGCUUUUGUACAUACCGUGUCAUUGUAAUAACUCUCCCCCAGAGCACACAAAGAAAGCACAAUGCCUCCGUUUCUAAAUGCUUGUCGUUGGAACUAAGAAACGGGGAGUUUCAGUUCUGUCCCAAAUGGCAAGCUAUUCCCUAAAUAGUGCACUACUUUUGACCAGAACCCUAGGGGCCCUGCUCAAAAGUCAUGCACUAUAGGGAAUAGGGUGGCAUUUGAAAUGCAGAUGGUCUGUCCGUAUUACGUCAGUCGUGACAAUCGUAUCACUGUGUUUGAUUUUCAUACCAGUUCCUGAUUCAGUAUGAAAUGCUGAAGGUUGUUUGUCAGCUUCCCUUUGUUUUAUAGGAAUUGUACAAUUCUAUAAAAAUCUGUUUUAAUUUA